AAAAGGAUCACUCCCCUUGUUGUGUUGGUGGCUGGGUGCAUGCGGGGAAAGGGGAAGCCACCGACACAGGUCAUUCUUUCAGUUAUCUGCACCGCCACUGGUGUCCUCAUUGCAGCACUUGGAGAUUUUUCCUUUGACCUAUAUGGACACUGCAUGGCUCUAACAUCAGUCUUCUUCCAGACUAUGUAUUUGAUUCUGGUGGAGAAAUCAGGUGCUGAGGAUGGUCUUUCCUCAGUGGACUUGAUGUUUUACAACAACAUAUUGUCACUUCCAUUUCUGUUUUUCCUCAUUAUAGCAACAGGAGAAUUCCCCCAUUCUCUUACAAUAUUACCUGCAAAAGGUCAGUGA